AAAGUUACUUUUCAUUAUAAUAAACAUUUGUCUUUAUUUUUAACAAAUAUCAUUUUUUAUAUUUUAACUGGACUAGAGCAGAAAGUCUAUUAACAUGUUUGGCUACAUAUGUCACUAUGACAACAAGAAUAAAAAUCGGAGUGCUGAGAAUACAAUACAGAUAAGUCAGAAAUCUGGAAGCAGUUGUUUAGAACUAAACACGUGGAGAGAAACCAUAUUAGUAAAACACUCUGUAAAGGGUUCCCUCAUAUUCUUGAUCAGUGGGCUGGUCAUCCUUGGAUAUGCCUCAUCCCUGUGUAAUCAUUCUACAUACCAAGGUGUGGUUAAAGCUAUAUGUGGCCCGGCCAUCGGAAAACUCUGUGGAAUCUGCUUCAUAUUCAACCUCUUCAUGAUCUCUAUAGCAUUUCUCCGUGUGGUAGAGGAUCAGUUGGAGAAACUAUGUGACUCUCUUCAUGCAAAUGUGACAGACUCCAUGGGGGAAAACCUUCGACCUUGGUAUGCAGAUGAAAGAUUAGCAAUGAGCCUCCUCUGCCUGGUAGUGAUACUUCCACUCUCCAUCCCCAAGGAAAUCAGUUUUCAGAAGUAUACAAGUAUUCUUGGAACACUGGCUGCUUGUUACCUGACUGUGGCGAUCAUUGUGAAGUAUUAUCUGACGGAGCAUAAUGUAUUCCACAAGAGAGAAUAUUCCUCUAAUGCAUCUUCUUUGGCUUCAAUGUUUAGUGUGAUUCCCACAAUCUGCUUUGGAUUUCAGUGCCAUGAAGCUUGUAUAACAAUCUAUAGCAGUAUGAAGAACAAAUGUCUAUCAAACUGGGUUGUGGUGUCUGUGUUGUCCAUGUUGUUCUGCCUGCUCAUUUACUCUCUAACAGGAGUCUACGGAUUCCUUACAUUUGGGGAAAAUGUAGCAGCUGACAUCCUGAUGUCCUAUCCGGGGAACGAUGCCGUUGUCAUAGUAGCCAGAUUGCUGUUUGCUAUCUCCAUUAUCACCAUCUACCCAAUCAUACUUCUACUUGGAAGGUCUGUUCUUCAGGAAGCUUGGUUGGACCACAAGUACAUGACUGCAUAUGUAACCGCUUCCUAUGAACGGUUUGUGCGGGUCACACUGACUGUACUCUGGAUUCUGGUUACUUUAGUCAUUGCUUUGUUUGUUCCUGACAUCAGCGAGAUCAUCUCCGUAAUUGGAGGAAUCAGCGCUUUCUUCAUCUUUAUCUUCCCAGGGCUGUGUCUGAUUUGUGCUAUGGAAACCGAAGUAAUGGAGAAGAGGAAAAAAUCUUGUCUCGUCGCCUGGGGGAUCAUCUCUGUUGUCUGUGGAGCCUUUGUAUUUGGGCAGAGCACCACUAUAGCCGUUAUGGAACUCCUGCACAAGUUCUGAGAUGUGGCAGCUGAAAGCUGAUGUUUUUGUCAAAAAAGUAUAUAUUUUAUUUAAACUUUUAUAUCCCUUUUAAAAUAUUAAACCAUUUGAUUUC